AUGCUCUCUGACAACGUAGCACAAAAUAUAGUCGGCAUAUUCCUCGUAUUAAACAGUAUAUUAUUCGUUUAUUUCAAAUGGAAGUACCAGUACUGGAAACGCAAGAACUUGCCAUAUCUGAAACCCAAAAUUCCCUACGGAAAUUUGACCAGUCCCAUCCAACGUGAAGAACAUUUAGGACUGGCAAUGCAAAAAAUUUAUAACGAAAUGAAGAAGAAAAAUUGGAAACACGGAGGAGUGUAUUUUCUAGUUUCUCCCACUUACUUUGUUGUCGACUUAGAUUACGUCAAGAACGUCCUUACUAAAGACUUCCACCAUUUUGUGGACCGCGGUAUGUACUACAACGAGAAAGACGACCCUCUGAGUGCCCAUCUCUUCACUUUUGGGGGUCAAAAAUGGAGAAACCUCCGUAUGAAACUAACUCCAACUUUCACGUCUGGAAAAAUGAAGAUGAUGUUCCAAACCGUUGUCGACUGCCUAAACGGACUAUUAAAAAAAAUUCGAUUAGACUCCGAGAAAAAAAAUCCUAUUGAUAUUAAAGAAGUACUGGGAUGUUUCGGUACUGAGAUUAUCGGUUCCUGCGCUUUUGGCCUGGAACUUAAAAUAUUCGAUCAAGAAGAUUCGCCUUUCCGUGAAUAUGGAAAACGAAUUUUCAAUACAACAAAACUGAGAGCUCUGCGGCGAGCUUUGUGUACGAGUUUUCCAGAAUUUGCUCGAGCUCUUGGAGUAAAGAUGGUUCCCCGAGAUAUCGCAAAUUUCUUUAUGAAGGUUGUGAAAGACACGGUUGAAUAUAGGGAGAAAAACAACUACAUCAGGAAAGACUUCAUGCAGCUACUGAUCGAUUUGAAAAAUAACGUACCAGAAGAUGCGGGUUAUACACACGAUGGCAAAACUUUGACUAUGGAGGAGAUUGCCGCACAGUGUUUCGUCUUCUUUUUAGCGGGGUAUGAAACUUCGUCUACUACAAUGACUUUCGCCCUGUACGAGCUCUCCAAAAAUCAAGACUUGCAGCAGAGGCUCAGAGAUGAAAUUGAAAGCGUUUUGGCAAAGCAUGACGGCAAGGUCACUUACCAAUCGAUUCAAGAUAUGAAGUACAUGAAUCAAGUGAUUGAAGAGACUUUGAGGAAGUACCCUCCUCUACCGUUCCUCACACGAAAAUGCAUUAGCGAUUAUAACAUACCAGACGAAAAUAUCACAAUUGAAAAAGAUACCACGGUUAUAAUUCCAAUUCUUGGUAUUCAUCACGAUGAGGAAUACUAUCCAGAUCCGGAGAAGUUCGAUCCUGAUAGAUUUACGGAAGAAAAUAAAAAAUUAAGACAUCAUUAUGCAUAUAUUCCUUUCGGAGAGGGUCCAAGGAUUUGUAUAGGUAUGCGUUUCGGUCUGAUGCAGACUAAAGUAGGUCUAACGGCGCUCUUGAGGAAGUACAAUUUUACUGUGAAUGAAAAAACAAAGGAGCCACUUGCGAUGCAGGUACAUUCAUUUGUUUUGGCAGCAGAAGGUGAAGUUUGGCUAAAUGCCCAUAAAUUGUGAGCGCUAUUAUAAAUCUAUAAAAAGACGGAUAUGUAUGCACAAAAGUUUGUUAAAAUAUGUACUGGAAAGGGAUAAAAUCUACACUAAUUUUGUAUGUUUAAAAUACUAAUACAUGUACAGGUUUUCAUAGUAUAUUCAUUUAUUCUAAAGU